AUGGCACACCAAGCGCAUUACCCUCCGCCGCCCCUGUCGGCUCCCGCGCAUGUUACCUCGUUUCCUCCCCCCCCGCAACCUUCUCCGGGCUUUGCACCCCCCAACUUCAGCUACCCCCCGCCGCCGAAACAAUCACCCCCUACCAAUGGCCCUCUCAACGGAGCCUAUCCAGGCCCCCCGCCAUCCGUCAGCCCCCCCGCACAGAGUCCACCAGUAAAUGAGAAACAACAGUAUGCCCAACAGUAUGCGCAGCAGUAUGCGCAACAGAAUGCCCAACAGUAUGCGCAACAGAACGCGGCAGCUUACCAGCACAAUAUGACGACCGCCCAGCAACAUAACAGAGCCCCGUCUUUACCAGCGCAGUCUCCUCCGCCACCCCAACUGUACGGAGCCCCACCACCAGGUCAAUUUACGGGGGCAGUGGGUACCAAUGAAGAUAGCGUCGGAACGUUCAAUGGUGGAAGCUACAGGAUCAGCCACCGAGACUCGAAUUCUCUCUUGACACUCCAGCUUGCCAUGGGCUGCCCUCUGAUUGCAAAGCCAGGUGUCAUGAUUGCAAUGUCAACAACAAUAUCCCUCAGGGGUCAUGUAUCUUUUGGAUUGAAAAAGCUCUUGGCAGGUGGGGAGAUGUCGAUGUCCCAUUACACUGGGCCUGGUGAACUCCUGAUUGCUCCAUCGGUUCUGGGUGACAUUAUUGUCCUUCGGAUGGAUGGCGAACAGGAGUGGAAAAUUGGCAGAGAUGCAUUCUUGGCGUCCACGGCAGCUGUUAAGCAUAAAUACCAAUCGCAAAGUCUCGCAAAGGGAGUAUUUUCUGGAGAAGGUUUGUUCGUUUACAAGAUCACGGGCUCUGGACUACUCUGGCUACAGAGCUUUGGCGCGAUCAUCAAGAAAGAUCUCAAAGAUGGCGAGACAUAUUUCAUUGAUAAUGGCCAUCUUGUGGCCUGGAACUGCAAAUAUGAAAUCGAGCGAGUCGCAUCAGGUGGGAUCAUUUCUGGAUUCACUUCUGGGGAAGGCCUUGCCUGCAAGUUCAAGGGCCCUGGGACUGUUUAUUUGCAGACACGAAACUUGAAUGCUUUUGCUGGCCAGAUGAAGGUUAGUACCGCGAGUGGUUAG